UUCUUUUUUACUGAGUGUAAGGAUGGUGAGUGUCAUUUAAAGAGAUUCCUAGCGAGGUCAAUGCAAUUUCCCCUUAUAUAUUGUUUUCAUGUCAAGAAGACAAUUGAUUUUAGUUUUCAAACUUGUUCUUGUAUUUGGUCAUAGAGUGUUAAAAAUUUUUUUUCCCCCUUUUCUAUUGAUUAAAUAUACUUCAGAACGCAAACUAGAGUGAACCAAAACACCAAAAGAAUGUGCAUGCAUAUUUUUCACUAAUGGUUAUAUUAUUAUACUAUAUUAACAGUAACACCAAAAGAAUGUGCAUACAUAUACUAUCUGAUUUUAUGGCGAUAUUUUGUGAUUUUGGAUUUUUAUUAUUAUGUUAGUACUUUUUUCUAACAAAGUUUUAUGUUACUUGAUGAAAUGAGUAAAUAAAAACAAGAGAAGUGAUACCAACACUUUCAUAAACGAUCAUCAAGUUACAAGAGAACCUGUACUCCAAUUGAAUUCGUUACACUGAUAUCUUUGAAUCUAUAGAUACUUUUCUUAAUUUACUUGUUCUCCUUUUGUUAUUAUUGUGAUAUCUUAAUCGCCAAUUUUCUAUAACUAAGCUUUGAAAUGAGAAAGAUUAUGACAAAACCACUUCUAGAAGAGUGGAGGGAGAAAGGAGAAAGGCAUGGGACAUAGAACUCCGUAAAUUUCAUGACCAUAAAAAAACCCCGGCUUUGUUUAAAAUGAUAAAUGCAUGAAGCCAUUCACAUCCCAUAGUUUCUCCGCUUCAUUUCUCAAACAAUAACAUUCUUGUGGUUACAUAUUGUUUGCAUAGCUUUGAUUCCUUUUUAUCUACCAUGGGUGCUAACAUCUUUCAUGUUGCAAUGUAUCCAUGGUUUGCAUUAGGCCAUCUUACCUCAUACCUUCAUAUAUCUAACAAACUUGCUGAGCGCGGCCACAAGGUUUCAUUUCUCAUGCCCAGAAAUACUAUAUCCAAAUUGGAGCAUUUGAAUCUCCACCCAAAUCUCAUCUCCUUCAUUCCAAUCACCAUACCACAUGUUGAUGGCCUCCCUCUUGGUUCUGAAACAACUGCAGACCUUCCUUUCGCAUUCCAUUCCCUUCUCAUGACUGCAAUGGACCUCACAGAGCCUAUCAUUGAAGAUUGUUUAAGAAAGCUCAUACCCCAUAUGGUAUUCUUUGAUUUCACAUAUUGGUUACCUGCAUUAGCGUGGCGAUUUGGCAUUAAGGCUUUGCAUUAUUGCACAAUUAGCCCUGCCACUGUGGGGUAUCUAAUAAGCCCAGAAAGAAAGCUCCAUGAAAAGUCAUUAACAGAAGAUGAUCUGAUUGACCCUCCAUCAAGCUUUCCAACAUCAGCUAUCAGGCUACAACCUCAUGAAGCAAGACGGUUAGCCACUGUAAAGGGUUAUGGUAAAGGCAUUUCGUUUACAGAGCGUCAAUUGAUAUCUUUCACCAGUUGUGAUGCUAUUAUUUUCAAAACUUGCAGAGAAAUGGAAGGCCCUUAUUGUGAUUAUCUUGAAAGGCAAAUGGGAAAGCGGGUGUUUUUGGCAGGACCAGUUUUGCCAGACCCACCAACCUCUACUUUAGCGGGGAAAUGGGCGACUUGGUUAGGAGGUUUCAAACCAAAAACAGUGAUUUUCUGUGCCUUUGGAAGUCAAUGCAUUUUGAAGAGUAAUCAAUUUAAGGAACUGUUAUUGGGUUUUGAACUUACAGGAAUGCCAUUUCUAGCUGCCUUGAAACCACCUAUAGGAGCUGAAACAAUAAAACUAGCUCUGCCUGAAGGAUUUGGCGAGAGAACAAAGGGAAGAGGGGUAGUUGAAGGGGAUUGGGUUCAGCAGCAAUUGAUCCUGAGCCACCCAUCUGUAGGUUGCUUUGUGACUCAUUGUGGAUCUGGGUCAUUAACAGAGGCCAUGGUAAAUGAUUGUCAAUUGGUACUCCUUCCCCAGGCAGGAGAUCAAUUCAUUAAUGCUAGAAUAAUGAGCGGAGAUUUGAAAGUAGGAGUAGAGGUUUUGAAAAGUGAAGAUGGACUGUUUACCAGGGAAGCUGUGUGCAACGCAGUGAGAGUUGUAAUGGACACUGAGAGUGAAUUGGGUCAAACGGUGAGAACUAAUCAUGCUAAAUGGAGGGAGUUCUUGCUCAGUCAGGGGCUGGAAAAUUCCUACGUGGAUGAUUUGGUUCAGAAGCUAGACAGUUUGCUCAAGUAUUGAUUCAGAAACUACAAAGUAUGAUGAAAGAAUACAAUUUGAUGAUAAUCACAUAGAUGAAUGUGAUAUAUAUAUUUUUGUUUUGGUUUGGUCGUGUAUAAGCUGAAUAUUUAGUAUACAAAAAUUAUUCUACUGAUGGAAAGUCUAUGCUGAGCUAUAAUUGAUGACAGUUGACACAGAAUUUUCAUAGUUUUAUCAUAUCUCAAUUAUAGGAUAUAUUUUGUGUUUCCAAGUAAAAUAAAGACAUACAAAGGCUGAAAGUGUUGUAGCAUAAUCACAAUCUCAAACUUCUUAAAAGCACAUGAAGAGACUAAAAUAAUCACUAGAUGUGGUAAUCCAAUUGAAAGCCGUUACUUGCUCUUUCAAAGUAAACAUACAUCAGUACAUCCCGGUUAAUACCUAAAAGUGUUGCUAAGAAACCGAACAUGAAGCAAUAGUACUAAAUAAACUCACAAAAAAUUCAGCUACUAAAGAUAUCAGUUAGUAUGAAUUGAAA